CUAACGAAGUUGUUGAUGUGUUACAGGCUUUAGGCUUAAUUAUGGGACUAAUUGAUGCAAUUCUUGGCCUAACGAUAUUUGCGAUGGGCAAAAUAUUACUAUUGCAAAAACCGGGGCGCCCUAUGAUGGUCAUAAGUGCAUGCUUUGGUGGUCCAAUGUUAAGCAUUGGCUUGAGUGGUACUUAUGUGACAACCAAAACUGGGGUUCCUUGCAAAAUUAGUGUUGAACAAACAUUGUUUGUAUCAUUAGUUAGUUUAUCGAUAACAUUAUCUUCUGCUCUCAUAUACUUGCCUCGAAACGAAUACC